AAUUCAUAUGAUAGGUGAGAUGAUGUUGUGCAGAACAUAAUUGUAAAAUUAGAAGAUGAUGAGCGAUGAUCUUCACUCCAUUGCUUUCAGCAGUUGUAGUCAUAACCUACACAGCUCUUCCCUAGGUUGGGAUUUCCACAACCUUGGAGUUCUCAACACCAUGUCUCAAUAUGAUAUGGACAGCAUCAGCAGCCCACCUAUUUCCCAUGAUCAUGUCUCGUUUCUUGAUGAUCAUGAUUUCUCGACGGGGUAUCUCCAGGAUGUUCUGUUUGAGUUCAGCUCUAAGCGACGACGCCUGCUCAUGUUCGCCGACCAUCACGACGACGGCGGAAGACACCUGGAGAUCAGCUCGAUGCAAAACUGCUGGACGUCCAAUCUCAUCCAGAAUUGUUGCCAGGAAUUCGACAGCUUCACCCAAAUCGCCAAGUCUACUACUGACGGGAUUUCAGAAAUGAAAGCAGCUGAAGAGCAGGCAAUUUCAGAAAGCUACGAACAUUAUUCUUCAUCUUCGUCGUCGCAGAAAGAAAUGUCAUCAGCAGACAACCUGCGAUGGACGACACCUGAGAAAGGAAAUCUGUAUUGCGUAGACGACGACACCAUGUUUUCUUCUGGGAGAGACGAGAAAAGAAAGAAGAGGGUGCUUGCAAAGGUGGUGUAUCCAUUUGCCCUAGUGAAGCCGGGAGGAUUUGAAGGGGACAUGACGUUGAACGACAUCAAUGAGAGAAUCCUAAUGCCGCCUACAAGGCCGGUGCGCCACCCGGUGGGCGACUUUGCCUGCCGGCCGUUGGUCUCACCUGACGGGCCGGGGUUGUCCGGCAAGGCCGUGGUGGCGUUCACAAGAAUCCACACACAAGGGAGAGGCACAAUAACUAUUAUAAGGACAAGAGGCUGAUCAUGCAUGAAUCAUGAUCAUCCUUAUAUAUAUAUAUAUAUAGAUAUGUGUUGGGAAAUUUUGGCCCAAACCAAAGGUGAUGGGCCCUCACUUCGGACGGCCAAAUCACACAUGGCCCUGUGGGCCACUUACUCUCUUGACCCGACCCACAAAAGGUUCGACCCAUUGACCCUACAUAUUUAUACCUAAUCUCGGUCAAACCCUAACUCAUUUCUGCCUCUUCCUUCUCCCUCCCGAACCCUGGUCUCUCUCGUCUCUUCGGGUUCUUCCCAUAACCCCUGGAGUCCUGUGUAACCUCCCCUUCCCAAUAAUGGCCGUUUCCCGGCCAUUAAUGGACAGCCCGUUUAUAUGGCUGGUCUGUUUUGGUUCGUGGGGAUAAGCCAAAAACCGAACUCUCUCUUCUCCUGUCUCUCUGAUACUCUGAUAUUGCCUUUGUGGCAUAAGCCUCCGUGGUUAUCUUAAAGCCUUUGUGGCAUUCUCCUUUGUGGUUGAAAUAGAACCUUUGUGGUUCGGUUUGCCUGAGUGGCUUGUGUGAUUUGAGCAACCAGUGAGGUGCUCAACCUUUGGCCUUGUGUAGGCCUUGGGUUUUACGGCUCCUGAGCCUUACAGUUGUCUUUGACCCCGUUUAUUGUUAUCUUAUUGUUUCUGGUUUAUUUCUGGUUUCUGUUGUGCUAUUCCUUAGAUUACUUGUAAUUCGUUAUAGGAAAGCCUGUAAUAUUAAGUUAUUGUUAAUUUCUGUAACUGUGUAACGUGUUGUAAUUGUGCCGGAGAUCGAUCCACUCCUUACAGUGGUAUCAGAGCACCAGGGGGUGUCUCUGGCUUGAAAAGCCAAAA